CGGGGCGGUGUCCUGGCGGGGCCUGCAGGGAAGGCGGCGGUGCGAUGGCGGGCAGCGGGGGACCUGCGGGCGUGACCCUGGUUAGCGCGGCGCCGGGUGCGCCCCGGUGCCCGCACGGUCCUGCUCUUCUGUUUGUAAAAACCGGCCAAGAAAACACAGAGGGAAGAAGAUUUUAUGCUUGUUCAGCUUGCAGGGACAGAAAAGAUUGUAAUUUUUUCCAGUGGGAAAAUGAGAAGGUGUCAGAAACCAGGCUUGCAGCACGUGAAGAAUACAAUAGAAAUCAUCAACCUUCUUUUACACAUGGACAGAAUGUGGAAAGGUACAAGGAUUUUGUUCUGUUGCCCUUAUCAAAGAGGAGGUUUUGCCAGGAGUGCCAGCAACUGCUAUUGCCAGCUGAAUGGGAAAAACACUCAGAUCACCAGUUUCGGUGUGAUAUCUCCACUGCUCAGUUAAGAAGUCCCAGUCGACUUCUAUAUCCACUGGAGAAUAAAAAAACAAAUGCACAAUAUUUAUUUGCAGACAGAAGUUGCCAGUUCCUACUGGAUCUUAUUAUUGAUUUAGGAUUCAGACGAGUGCUCUCUGUUGGAACACCCAGGCUUCAUGAAAUGAUCCAGUCAAAAGACUCACAAGAAGAAGAUUUCAGAGUUAGAAGCCUUCUGUUAGAUAUUGAUUUCAGAUAUUCUCAGUUCUACACAGAAGAUGAAUUCUGCCACUACAACAUGUUUAAUCAUCAUUUUUUUGGUGGAGAGGUUGCAUCUGAAACUUGUAGGAAAUUCUUGUGUGAAGACAAUGGUGAAGGAGUCAUUAUGGUAACCGAUCCCCCAUUUGGAGGUUUAGUGGAAGCACUGGCAUUUAGUUUUAAAAAAUUGAUGGCAAUGUGGAAGGGGACAGAAAAAGGAGGUCACAACAACCAAGAGCUGCCCAUAUUCUGGAUAUUUCCAUACUUCUUUGAGUCUCGUAUUCUGGAAUUUUUCCCAAGCUUCAGUAUGAUGGAUUACCAGGUAGAUUAUGAUAAUCAUGCACUUUAUAAACAUGGAAAAACAGGUCGUAGACAGUCCCCUGUCCGUAUCUUCACAAACCUCACCCCAAGCAAGAUUGUACUUCCUGUAGAAGAGGGCUAUAGGUUUUGCGCAAUAUGUCAGCGGUAUGUGAGUCCUGGUAACCAGCACUGUGAGAUAUGCAAUUCAUGUACAUCAAAAGAUGGUAGACGAUGGAAACAUUGUGUUCUUUGCCAAAAAUGUGUGAAACCCUCUUGGUUUCACUGUGACAAUUGCAACUGCUGCACACUUCAGAACCACACUUGUGAGAAGACUGAUGCUGGCUGUUUUGUCUGUGGCAAGUCCGGUCACAAACGCAGUACCUGUCCCAGUCUCUCUGGCACCAGGACUUGCCAGGCUGACAGAAAGCAAAGGCAGAAAACUCUGAAGAGGCCAAAGACAGGGAUCUGUAAAAGAUCAGCCAUGAAGCAUGCCAUAUUCUCCAGGAAGAAAGUAAAGCAUAAGAAAAAAAAGAUGUGACUUUGCUUACUGAUAUUUAGUCAUUAAUAUUUUCUUUUAUGGCCAGCCUUGGAUUCCAUUUUCUGAAAAUGUAAAUAUUAACAUCCAAAAUAAAACCUGUUUGAAUUAAAAGUGCCAAUUCUUUUGUUAUA